UGGGGGUAAGGAAGAAGAAAAACAUCUGCACUCCUGCUCAGAAAGCAGCAGCAGGGAUUCUGCAGAAGUGCUGCUUCCCCCAUGCCUAUUGGGUGCAGUGGGAGACCUCCCAUAAAAAAAAACCAAGCUACUUUGUGGAUAGCCUUGCUCCCUCUCAUCCUUGUGACCAGGCAAGGGCUGCCCUGCUGACCUCUCUGGUGUCAUCUUCAAGAUGCUGAAUUCCAAAGAGCCCCAGCACCCUUGUCCUCCCUCCCUUUCAUCUCAGAAUGCAGAUCAGAGGCCUGAGUGAGCAGCAGACAACACUUGUAGAUGGCCUGUGGAUGCUGGAACUACAGGCCACUGAAGGCUCCUCGGGCUUCUGGAGAACUCUCAGAGUCGAAAUAGCCUGGGAGGAAGAAGCAGUGACAGGCAUUGAGCCAGCCACUCCAGACAUGCCAAUCACUAACACACACCUACAGGACAUCCAUUCAGUCCACCUUCCUCCAUAGGGCAGCCUUGCCCCACUCCUCAGCACCAAGGAGUUUGGGGUUUGAGGAUUCAAAACACUGGCCAUCUGUCUCAUACUUUAUAACUGCAGACUUUUUGUUAAGGCCAAGUUAAAAGGCACUAUUAAGGAGCAUACUGUUAAAAGGCACACCUGAUUUUCCCUGAAACAAUCUCUGUACAUGCUGAUAUAACUGGAUUCCCAUCAGAAUUCUGCUUAAGGUAGGUGACAACUAACUCCUGAUCUUCUGGAGAAAGAUCAGAACAAAUGUCUCAUCAGGAGAGAGAUUUGAACAAGUCCCUCCCUCAGCCUGAUGUUUUUCUUCCCAGUCUGUGGCGAAAUACAUGCACUGGGAGGGAAAGAGGCAUCGAAGAAUUGUGAAAGAAAGGAAGAAAGAGGGGAAGGAAAGAAGAAAGGAGAAAAAGACAAGAUGCUAUAUCCACCAGCUACAUUUACUCUGAUACUUGAUAAACAUAUUAUGUAACUAUCAGUGUGUUUUACCUUGUAAAUACAAAUCUCACACCUUGUACAUGUGCAUACCUGUGUUUCUGAGCAGCAUACAUGCACCUGGUAUCUCACCCAUCUCAAGGACAGCUCUUCUCCAUGACUUCCAUAUGUGACCCCUGUGCACACACAUACACAGUCCCGCAAAGUCCCGGCAACAUCCCCGGCUGUAUUAGCGCAAUAGCUGAGGGGCAGCUACUUGGUGCUGUUAAAGCACACAUCCAACCUUCACUCCAACCCCAUAGGAUUAGUACAGGGAUUCCAAGGAGGAGCCUGGUUCCUAGAUCCACUGGCAACGCAGGGAGAGGCAGAGGUUAUUCAGGCGGCGCCCCUGUACGACUAUUCCCAGAGAUCCUCUCCCCAGCCCCAUUCCAGCCCAGUCACUCUGAGAGCGAGAGGGACAGGCCAGUCCGAGGUUUCUUCGUACAGUCACACGCGUUUCUGUGCUCAUUUUCCCAAAGCCUCAGAGCAGCUCUCCCCACCCUACCCCGUCCGGCCCUGCGCCGUCUCGCCCCUCCCCAGCCCCAAGCUAGUUCAGCCUCAAGACAGCAGCAAACGGCAGAGCAAAGGAGUCGUUUUCUUUCACCUGAAAGCCGCGAGGAGGCUUGGAGCGCCUCUUCUCGCUGGGGCCCGAGCUUCCUGGGCUUUGGCUGGGUGCGAGUGGACCCCACCGGGGUCCUUGUCAUCUCCCAGCCCAGCCCGCAGAGAGAGUACCGGCAGAUUUCAAGGGCGCGUGAGCCUGGCUGUCGGCUGGGCCCCGGAGGCUCGCCGGGCGGGGGCAGGCCGGUCCAGGCUGUGCGGGGCGUUUACAAAAAGUGACUUGGAGAUGAACUCGCCCGUGCGCGGCUGGCCGCCCCGCUAUAGGGGCGAAGGCGCCUGACGCAAGCGGAACUCGGUGGAGCCCAUACGAAUCAGAACAGAGCGAGGCUCCUGGCGCACUAGGGACUCCAGGAGGCAGCUCUGCCAGAGACGCGGGUCGUGCUUCGGGAAACCGGGGGGCGGGGGGAGGGGAAGAGAGCAGAACAGAAAACCCACCAAGGCGGGGACUGGCCUGGACGGGGAGGGGCGGCGAGGCCGGAGCCCCUCUCUGUUGGGCGGACUCCCCAUGGCCAGAGGCUGAGCUCCACUCCCGCCGGCCGCUCCCUAGGGGAAGGGGAAGGAGAGGGGAGAGCAGCGAGAGGCCUCCAGCAAGCAAACGCGGGCGGCAUCCGCAGUCUCCAGAAGUUUGAGACUCGGCCGUAAGCGGACUUGUGCGCCCCAACUCUUUGCCGCGCCAGCGCCUGGAACGGAGAGCAGAGGCGGCCCGGCCGCGGCGCGCCGGCUUUGUCAUGAUGGCCAGCUACCCCGAGCCCGAGGACGCGGCGGGGGCCCUGCUGGCCCCAGAGACCGGCCGCACAGUCAAGGAGCCAGAAGCGCCGCCGCCGAGCCCAGGCAAGGGCGGAGGGGGUGGCGGCGGGACAGCCCCGGAGAAGCCGGACCCGGCGCAGAAGCCCCCGUACUCGUACGUGGCGCUCAUCGCCAUGGCGAUCCGCGAGAGCGCGGAGAAGAGGCUCACGCUGUCCGGCAUCUACCAGUACAUCAUCGCCAAGUUCCCGUUCUACGAGAAGAACAAGAAGGGCUGGCAAAAUAGCAUCCGCCACAACCUCAGCCUCAACGAGUGCUUCAUCAAAGUGCCGCGCGAGGGCGGCGGCGAGCGCAAGGGCAACUACUGGACGCUGGACCCGGCCUGCGAAGACAUGUUCGAGAAGGGCAACUACCGGCGCCGCCGCCGCAUGAAGCGGCCCUUCCGGCCGCCACCCGCGCACUUCCAGCCCGGCAAGGGGCUCUUCGGGGCCGGAGGCGCCGCAGGCGGGUGCGGCGUGGCGGGCGCCGGGGCCGACGGCUAUGGCUACCUGGCGCCCCCCAAGUACCUACAGUCCGGCUUCCUCAACAACUCGUGGCCGCUACCGCAGCCUCCCUCACCCAUGCCCUAUGCCUCCUGCCAGAUGGCGGCGGCCGCAGCGGCUGCAGCAGCGGCGGCUGCGGCCGCGGGCCCCGGCAGCCCCGGCGCGGCCGCUGUGGUCAAGGGGCUGGCGGGCCCGGCCGCCUCUUACGGGCCAUACACUCGCGUGCAGAGCAUGGCGCUGCCCCCCGGCGUAGUGAACUCGUACAACGGCCUGGGAGGCCCGCCGGCCGCCCCCCCGCCGCCGCCGCACCCCCACCCGCAUCCGCACGCACACCAUCUGCACGCGGCCGCCGCACCGCCGCCUGCCCCACCGCACCACGGGGCCGCCGCGCCGCCCCCAGGCCAGCUCAGCCCCGCCAGCCCAGCCACCGCCGCGCCCCCGGCGCCCGCGCCCACCAGUGCGCCCGGCCUGCAGUUCGCUUGCGCCCGGCAGCCCGAGCUCGCCAUGAUGCAUUGCUCUUACUGGGACCACGACAGCAAGACCGGCGCGCUGCAUUCGCGCCUGGAUCUCUGAGAGCCCACCGCAUGCCGGUGCAGACGGAUGCGAGGAUGCAGGGACGCGCGACGCCGGUCCUGGUCGCAGCCGACGCCGCCGCCGCCAGCCGGACCUCACACCCUCUGGGCCCGCCUCUGGAUCCAGCGCCCGGGGUCCCUCUGUGCUUUUUCGCUCUCCUCAGCUCCUCUUUGUUCCCUCUGCUUGUCCUCCUGUGCUCACCUCCCUGACCUCUAUGCCCUUGCACUCCCCUGGCCUGAAGCCGCCUCUCUGCGCGCUUUUUACUGGGCUCGUCUCUUUCCGGAGCCCCAGCGUCUCCCGCCCAAGUUGACCGCGGAAAGGGCCCGGGGCCGAGGUGCGACCGGGCGUCGGCGGCGCAGACCUCUUGGCCUUCUCUCACAGGUCGGUGCGCUCGCGCUCGGCGUUCCCCGCCCGACUGCCGUGCAGUCCCUGGCUAGACGCGCCGGACAGGACUGGCGGCGGGACCCGCGCUGCCUGAGAAAGGGACAGACCAACACGUGUGUUUGCUCCGCGAACCCUCUUGAAGCUGUUCAGAAGCCGCUUGCCGCGGGGUCCACUGGGCGGGGCGGGGGUUGGGACCCAGCGGGAGCCGGGACAGCCUGGCUCCGCGGCCUGUACUCGGUUUACACCGCGGGCCGGCGCGGAGGGAGGCCGCGUUUCCUUCGCUGUCAGUCCGGUCGCUUCGGGCACCUCCGGGCCCCGGCGGCUGGCUAAUGUUUUGUUUAAAAGAUCGGUGGAGCUUUUUAAGAGAAUAUUAAAAAAAAAAAAA